UUAUUGGCACUCUGAAGAGGUUUGAGAAUGGCUUUGGAGUACAGAGAAACAACAUAUAACCCGGAUGUAGAGGAGUAUGUACGUAAAGAACAAGAUCGUCGAGUGGUACAGGAAGGUACAGAAAUGUGGAGACGACGAAAGGAGGAGUUGCAACGUCAAAAGCAUCGUGAACAGCGAGAACUACGGCAGAUGCAAGCAAAUUAUUCACCUUGGGGAAAACCAGGAGGUGGUGCACCAUUUGAAAAGUCAUUGAGGAAAAAAAAUGUUCUUCUUGAACCUUUGGAGCCACGACGGAGUCACAGUACUCAGGCAAAUCAAUCUUCACCCUGGGGUCGUCCUGGUCCUGGUGGAGUACCUUGGCGAGAUCCAAAGCUACUGGGGAUACGCUUCCUGGAGUCCAUGGGUUGGACGACUGGCUCCUUUAUUUCAAGAUUGCGCCGCAAGGAAAUGAAUCCACUUGCUGUGAUUGAUUCAAACAGAUUUUUCGAUGAUAAGCCGGAACCUGAAAUAACAUCAAAUAUGAUUUCCUCAAAACGAAAUCCCUCGAUGCAGAAAGAUGAUCUUAUAAAUAAUGGAAAUUCCCAAAUUUAUAAACUGACUGGUGGAGUUGAACUUGUACCAUUACUGACAACCAGAAAAUGUUAUUCUUAUCCAAUAAGGCAUAUUGUUACUGAUGCUACACGCCCUGGAUACACUAUAGACGAUUUCAGAUCUGUGAACGAUAAUCGUGAAUAUAUAACGGCACUGUCUGACCAGAUUCAACGAAAGCGACAGAAUGCUCUGGAGGAAAAACGUUUAGAGCAGGAGAGCUGCCGUAGACAUUUUGACACUUGGAAAAAAUUCUGGGGUCGUCCUGGUCACGGUGCGCCUAUGGAUCACGUCUAUCGUAACGAUCUUUAUAAUAUUCUUUACCGAUCAGGCGUUUGUUAACGUUGACAGACGGGAGAGAUUUAGCAGCAGUUGAUGUCUAAAUGGAAAUCCAAUAACAGCUGUUCCUAGUUCUUUGUAGUAAUCUCAGAGAUGUAAUCAAUACGCGGAUGUUGAUCUGAGAGUUGGGGGAUAAAUGUAGAGGAUCCGGACAGAGUAACAAUUUGCAUAAUGAUCCGUUAGAUGCUGAUUGAACACGGGAGGAGAAGACGUGCUGUGCUUGUCAAGGGUAUAAUGGACGCAACCCAUUUAAUUAAUGGCCGUUUCGGUCGGUCCUGAUGUUUGUGGGUCAACGCAAUAGUCUCGGUGUACAC